AUGGGAGACUCUGUUGUAGACCCAGCCCGAGGGACAGGCUUGGACCAGGCACCCGGCUCAGCGCCCCAAGGGAAUGGCGGGACGUCUCUCAGCGUCAUCACGGAAGGUGUCGGGGAGCUGGCGGUCAUCGACCCCGAGGUGGCAAAGAAAGCCUGCGAAGAGGUGCUGGAGAAGGUCAAGUUGAUGCACAGCGUCUCCUCCGACAGCUUAACAAAACCAGCCGAUGGCAGCGAGGCAGAGCGCGCCCCACGGACCGCGGUGGAUUUGGUCAAUGGAGACAUCGGGGAGGGCUGUGAAAUCAAGUGCUUGGACGAUCCGCCCGGCACGGCCUCUAAGAUCCAGGAGGAGGACGAGACCACGGCCAACACGGUGAAAACAGCGCGGAAGCGGCAGAAGAAUAACUCUGCUAAGCAGUCCUGGCUCCUCCGGCUCUUUGAAUCCAAACUCUUUGAUAUCUCCAUGGCCAUUUCAUACUUGUACAAUUCAAAGGAACCUGGUGUGCAGGCUUACAUUGGGAAUAGGUUGUUCUGCUUUAGGAACGAAGAAGUGGACUUCUACCUACCACAGCUGCUGAACAUGUACAUUCAUAUGGAUGAGGACGUGGGAGAUGCGAUCAAGCCCUACAUCGUGCACCGCUGCCGGCAGAGCAUCAACUUCUCCCUGCAGUGUGCCCUGCUGCUGGGUGCCUACUCCUCGGACAUGCACAUCUCCACUCAGCGACACUCCCGCGGGACCAAGCUGCGGAAACUCAUCCUCUCGGACGAGUUGAAGCCAGCUUACAAGAAGAGGGAGCUGCCGUCGCUGAGCCCAGCGCCCGAUAUGGGGCUGUCUCCUUCCAAAAGGACUCACCAGCGGUCCAAGUCGGACGCCACCGUUACCAUCAGCCUGAGCAGCAAUCUGAAGCGCACAGCCAGCAAUCCCAAAGUCGAGAGCGAGGAAGAGGAGCUCUCCUCGAGUACGGAAAGUCUCGAUAAGUCAUUCUCUCCCCCUGUCAGACUUGCUCCCGAGAGAGAAUUCAUCAAAUCCCUGAUCGCCAUCGGGAAGCGCCUGGCCACCUUGCCGACCAAAGAGCAGAAGACCCAACGGCUCAUUUCGGAGCUGUCUACGGCUGGCUUCGACCAUCACGUGGUGCGGGUGCCCCACACCCAGGCAGUCGUCCUCAACUCCAAGGACAAGGCUCCCUAUUUAAUCUACGUUGAAGUACUUGAAUGUGACAAUUUCGACACAGCGAAUGUGCCCGCUCGGAUCCCCGAGAACCGCAUCCGGAGCACCCGCUCGGCCGAGAACCUCCCCGAGUGCGGGAUCACGCACGAGCAGAGGACCAGCAGCUUCACCACCGUCCCCAACUACGACAACGACGACGAGGCUUGGUCCGUGGACGAUAUCGUGGAGCUGCAGGUGGAGCUGCCAGAGAUUCACACCAACAGCUGUGACAACAUCUCCCAGUUCUCUGUGGACAGCAUCACCAGCCAGGAGAGCAGGGAGCCGGUGUUCAUCGCUGCUGGAGAUAUCAGGCGGCGGCUCUCAGAGCAGCUGGCGCACACCCCCACCUCCUUCAAGAGGGACCCUGAGGACCCCUCCGCCGUCGCCCUGAAGGAGCCCUGGCAGGAGAAAGUCAGGAGGAUCCGGGAAGGGUCCCCCUACGGCCACCUGCCCUCCUGGCGCCUCCUCUCCGUCAUCGUCAAGUGCGGGGACGACCUGCGGCAGGAGCUGCUCGCCUUCCAGGUCCUCAAGCAGUUGCAGUCCAUCUGGGAACAGGAGCGUGUCCCGCUCUGGAUCAAGCCAUACAAAAUCCUUGUCAUCUCUGCCGACAGCGGCAUGAUUGAGCCAGUCGUGAAUGCUGUGUCCAUCCACCAAAUCAAGAAGCAAUCCCUGCUUUCGCUGCUGGAUUAUUUCCUGCAAGAACAUGGCAAUUACAACACCGAAUCCUUCCUGACGGCCCAGAGGAAUUUCGUGCAGAGCUGUGCCGGGUACUGCCUGGUGUGCUACCUACUGCAGGUCAAGGACAGGCACAACGGCAACAUCCUGCUGGAUGCGGAUGGGCACAUAAUCCACAUCGAUUUUGGGUUCAUCCUCUCCAGUUCCCCCAGGAAUCUUGGCUUUGAGACGUCUGCCUUCAAACUGACCACGGAAUUUGUGGAUGUGAUGGGCGGGCUGGACGGGGACAUGUUCAACUACUACAAGAUGCUGAUGCUGCAGGGUCUCAUCGCUGCCCGCAAGCACAUGGAUAAAGUUGUGCAGAUCGUGGAGAUCAUGCAGCAAGGGUCGCAGCUCCCCUGUUUCCACGGCUCGUCCACCAUCCGCAACCUGAAGGAGCGGUUCCACAUGAACAUGACGGAGGAGCAGCUGCAGCUGCUCAUCGAGCAGAUGGUGGACGGCAGCAUGCGCUCCAUCACCACCAAGCUCUACGACGGCUUCCAGUACCUCACCAACGGCAUCAUGUGAUGGCCGCGGGCC